AGAGAAGGAGAAGAGGCCUUUGCGUGUGCGUUUAAGAAGUUCUGAUAGGCUGUUCGCCAACCACCAUUUUAGGUUUUAUCAAGACAAAAAACGCCAACUCCCGCGCUGCAAUAAUCCGGUUUCUCUGCGAUCAAUAAAGAGCCACUUUGUUGCUCUGAAUUUUAAAAAAUGAGGUGUAACUUAGAAUGUGCUUACUAUACAGGUCAGAGGUCAAGUAGCGCCACACGAAACACCACCCUGUGGAAGGAGGUUGUUGAGUCUUCAACCAUAAGAUGCUCAGUAGGAGCGUUGGGCUGCGUUGAAUCGCCUGGGGAGCAAUUUGAGGUUCUGUGUCUUGCUCAAGGGCUUUACGGCACAGGACGGGUAGCAGCCAGUAAGGCUAUUUGGGAAACCGAACAUUUGCAUUUGGUUGUUUUGUCUCUCCCUCCCUCUCCCCCCUCUGUCAAAGUACCGUGCACGCGCUCAGCAGGAUGCUAUUAAAUGGGCGGACUCGGAGGCGCGGUCCCGUCACAGCGGCUUUCGUGGUUUUUGACCGUCACUUAUAAGCGCGCGUCCCGCCGGCCGGCCGCCUACUGCCUGCGAGACCGGAUCAGACGGGACCGACGCCGGGGGAUCGGAACCAGCGCCAGUAGCACACAGUAAUGCUACUUUUUAAAAAUAAUAAUUUGAGUUUAAGUUUGAUCUGACGCGUUCUACCGUCCUGGCUGCUGGCUGCACUUAGACGAUAUAAUAUCUCGCUCUCAUACAUCGUUACAACCUCGCUGUGAUACUUUUUUUUUCACGCACCGUUUGAGGCAAUUCAGCAUCCACUGUGUCCUUCCUCCACGCAGGCAAGCCGCGCGCACUCAUCUGACACCCGCUGCUUCGACCUAAAGAAACCACCCUCCCGCCAGCCUCCACCCUCUGGCUGGUCUUGCGUGGGAUGCCGGAGAGCAAGAGUGGAGAUUUAGUGCCUGUAGCAUUCAGAGGUGUGGCGUAGUCGAUCAUGGGGGAUUCAAUAUUCACCUGCUGUUAUGUCCCACCCCAUCCCCCAGGCGAGGGGGAGCCCGCCGGGUCCAGACGCGCAAAGACCAUGGCCUCCAAUUCAACCAGCAUCUCCUCCGACAAGCGCUUCCUCAUCUUCUUCGACUUUGAUGAGACCAUCGUGGAUGAGACCAGCGACGACGUGGUGGUGCAGACCGCCCCGGGUCAGCACCUCCCGGCCUGGCUGAAGGACACGUACCAACCCGGCCGCUACAACGAGUACAUGCAGCGCGUGCUGGCCUACCUGGCGGAGCAGGGCGUCACCGAGAGCGACAUCCGCGGCUCCAUGGAGAAGAUCCCGGCCACCCCCGGCAUGCUCACCCUCUUCCAGUUCCUCCGCACUCGGCCGCCGCAGGACUUCGAGGUGGUGCUGCUGUCCGACUCCAACACCUUCUUCAUCGAGGCCUGGCUGCGGCGCGCCGGGGCCCGCCAACUCUUCCACCGGAUCUUCAGCAACCCGGCCACCUUCAACAGGGACGGCCGACUGGUCCUGCGUCCCUUCCACUCCCACGACUGCGUGCGGUGCCCGAGCAACAUGUGCAAGCAGGUGAUCGUCAGGGACUACGUGGCCCGCAGGGCGCAGGAGCGGGGCCGCCCUUACCAACGCGUCUUCUACGUGGGGGACGGAGCCAACGACUUCUGCCCGGCCACGUCCCUCGGGCCCCGCGACGUGGCUUUCCCGCGCCGUGACUUCCCCAUGCACCGGCUGAUCACGGAGACCCACGAGGCCAUGCCCGGGGAGUUCAAGGCUGUCACGGUGCCGUGGAGCAGCGGGGAGGAGGUGGUGCAGAGGCUGAGGAAGCUGGUGGCGGAGUAGAGGGGCGACAAAGGAGAUCCUCGUUAAGGGGCCGGUUGACACAUUUGGUCCAAACCUCAGGUUGAAUAGUCCAGCUAAUUAAUGUUGAGGCAAUUAAACCAUUUGUAUUUUAAAUAAAGUGUGUCUACCGUCCAGUUUACACGUGACUCAGUCCAGCCUCACUUUUGGCUCCCGGGGUUCAAUCUCAGGACAGAAGCAGAAGGUAAAUGAUUAGAGACCUGCAAUCACCGCCUAGAGAAAGGAAAUCAAUGUCUUAUCAUUGCUCUGUUAUAAAGAAAUAAGUAAUCUAUAACUUUGACAUGUUGGGGUUGACCUAUUUAUAUAAUAAAUACACUGCUUUAAAAUGUUUUUCUGGUCACACUGUAGUGACAAUAUUUUAAAGAUGAUGCCAAACGGGGCGCUCUUAACAAGUGUUUAUUCAUCUGCACUUGUUGAAAUAUAAAAGUAUAGCCUCAAUACAUUUUACGAAGUGUAUCAACUGCUCUAUGAAGGGCUUUUCAAGAUGACGAAACAAUAUUUUCAAUAAAUUUGCCUCUCACAGAA